AUGUAUCAAGCGGCGGUUCGGUCGCUAUCGCGGUGUUGUCACAAGGGCGCAUGUCUCAGUCGGGCAACCGAAAACGAUGGCAGCGCAUGCAACGACGGCAAUCGAUCGGUGAGCGUGCCCGAGCAGGUUCGAAGGGGGGGUGGCCCGAAGGUGCAGAUGGAGGAGUCGUUGUCGUUUGGUAGUAACGCGUUCGAGAUGGCGGAUGGUGAUGGGACUGGGCGCAGAGCAAUGGUGUAUCCGACAGCAACGAUGUAUCGCGAAAGAGGGCCGGAGUUCGGAUGGUGUUGCGCAGGGAAGCCGAGGUGGGAUUGCUUGAGGGCGCAAGCAAUGGAAUGGAACCUGAAUGGAAGUGGAGAGUGGAAACGGGGACAAAGUGUAGAAGGGCAGCAGGGUCAAGGCGUGACGGGUGAAGAAGGGAUGAUGGAUGAAUGCCUGGUGUUUAGUGCAGGGUGUCUGGUCGGGUGGACGAGUUGCAGGUGUAGAAAUGUCAGCCGUCGUAAAAGCCAAGGGAAGUCGGAUCUCGUCGUCUGGAGCUUCCCCUUCCCUUGUUGGGUGCGGGUUGUUAGAGAUUGGCAGGAAUGCCCUGGGACUGCAGUGGAAAAGCGUGGGUGA